CUAAAUAAAAAUAAAUUCAAGCCGGCUGAAGAACAAAUCGACUUUUUGCAGGAUUGCCAUGAAUUAGGUACUGCAGAAUGGAUAUAAUAUUUUCUCAGGAUGUGCACGAUGCGCAGAAGUUCCUGGAUUGCGCGGAGAAGCUGGAGUACGACGAGUUCUCGGCGAAAAUGUUUGUAUUCAGCAAUGGGCACAGCGACGUGGAUGUGUUUGAGCUAAUGGGCAAUGACCGGUUGUCGCAGUUAAUCUACGGAUGGGAGGUGUGCCACCUGCCCACCAGGGAUUCUGAGUCCUUAAAGGACCCAGCGCUGCGUCACAUUGUCCGGGUUUUGGCCCACCACUCGCUGCAGAUGUGGUUUAGUCAGGAGUGGAGGUCCUGCUCUGAAGGUCUGAAGCACCUGUUGCUCUACAGCCUCACCAAGGCGGUGCCGGCGUUCUACCAGAUUGGUGAGCUGGCCAAUAUCAACUGGUCGUACAUUCUGCAGUUCCAGACGAAGCCCUGGAGCCUCUCCUACCUGCAGCAGCUUUUCCUUAACCUUAAGGUGAACAAGCACCACGCCAUCGAGCACACAGUUACUGCGGCAUCAGGAGAAGACAUAGCUUUCCUGGUACAGGAAGGUCUAUCUCUGGCCCUGCUGCGACUUAUACAGCUUUUUAACGCCGGCAACUUUGAGGCCGUGAAACAGCUGGCGCUUCGGAUGCUGGCGGCUUGGCUGAAAGCCCACGAAAAUGCCCCAUUUGUGUCCUAUGAAGGGGAUAAAAACUCAAUCACACUAAUCGGUCAUCUAUACCUCUUGACUGUAUUUGUAAGAGAUGAAAAUCGGGGUUAUGUGAUUGAUAAUUUGAUGUACAACAUACGGUUCUAUGCCCAGACGAUGCAGGAAGCUUCGAUCUUACAUGACAUUAACCUUACGCCGGCUCGACUUAUUGCCCAAGUUUGUGUGCGUCUUCGACUCGGAAAGAAUGGGUUCUUUGAGCAAAUUGGGUUUAGGAAAUUCAAACUCAGUCUGGUCACUUCUUUUGCCGUCAUGCUGGAGGUCUACUCCAGCUAUGUGCUGGGAAAUCUCUUGAUGGAGCUUCAGGCACUCAACGAAAACGAUUUUUUGGAGCACUUGCCACAGUUUAAAGAGCUAAUGUAUCGCUAUGUAGAGGAGCGGGAGAGCAGCGAGCGCUUCCUUCUAGAGGAGCUGAAGAAGAUGGAAAACCAGCGAAACAGCCACUUUCAACCACAUGUAGUAGAGUUUAAUCUCAACUACCAGCAGCAAAUAUGCAAGGGGAACCGAGCCAGCAAUAUUGGCAACUACAAGAACUGUGAUGACGACGAAAAAGUUCCACCUGAGGUGGACGAGGAACAAGAUAGACAAAUAGAUCCGGUAUUUCAGAAUGUUCCAAACAAUGAGGAAGUGUUGAGCUUUGUGUACAAACUGCUGGCAGAGCGGAAUUUUUCAGGCUGGAAAUUCGCUAAGAUUGCCCUACUGCUGAAGAUUAUUGGGCAACAGUUGAAUGCAAUAGAAAUAUGGAAAUAUCAUCCCGGACUGACCGUUGAUUUUAUGCUUAACUUGGAGCAAAAGAUGUCUGCCAACUAUGCUGACCUGGCAAAAGUGUUCUCUGAUCAUGGAUUUAUGGAGGCAGAAUUCUGGCUGACUGCUUUCUACCUCCACCCCACAUCAUCAAAUUAUAACGAAGUGAGGCGAUGUUCGCGGAUCAAGAAAAAGCGACAGGAGGAGGACUGGCUCCCUGCAACAACACCUCACAACGUCAAGUACGAACUGCUAAGCUCCACGAUCGAUGUGGACGAGAUUGUGACCAUAACGAACCAUAACGCUCCAGUGGCCGACUACGAUCCUAUAUACAAGUCGCUGCAGGCGCUGCGGCUGCCUCGCAGCAUGAUCAAGGACCUUCUGACCGUGAUCUUUCAACCACGGAACAAACGAUACUCAUGGGCCCUCGAUUGGCACACGCUACACGAGCGUUGCCAUGCCCUACUCAAAAGCCAGGACCUGAAGAGAAAAUUUGUGUCUCUCAACAUGGCCGAGGCAGGCGACGACUUGAAGUAUCUCCAGAUCGACUAUGCCAAGUACAGGGAUCGACCACAGUUGGACUACGGAACCAUAGAAGAGGGCUACGAGAAUGCGGCCACUCUUCCGGAGGCUGAGGAAGAAGCUGAACCAACGCCAGGAGUGGACGAUGAAGUUGAGAAAGCCAAGGAGCAGAAAAAGCGGCGGCCCGCCAAACGCAAAUUUUGGGAUGAAGUGUUUUCGGAAGACGAGGAGGAGGCUGCCUCAAGCGAUUCGGAGCCCUACUACACAGGAAAUGGCCGUCGAACCCGAAUUAGAGCCGCAGCCAUGGUAGCCAAUGCCAUGUUGUCUGACAUGGAUCGAAGUGUGCGCGGUGGGCGACGAUCGAGCUCUCCAGAGACAUCGGAACACCAAUUUGAUACACGGGCCGUCCUCGAGGAGCAGCCAGAAAUCGCAGUCGAGCCUCCAAAACAACUGUGUCCACCAGAAACGUCUACCAGUAGCAAAAAGCGUACAAUUGGCGAUCUGAUGGAGGCACGAACGAAGUUUAGCAACGAAACCGGCGGUUUUAAGGCGUUCUCCGACAUAUGGAGUUUUGAGAAGGAAGAGCUGCAGAAUGUGGUCUGCGAGAGCAACAACCUGAUGGAGUGCAGCUCGGUCCUAAGCAAAUUCAAGAACUGGAAGACCCUUAAAAUGGCGACCGCAGCAAAGGCACCCAUGCAGCCAUGUCCACAGCCCGUGGGAAAAAUCGUUCGCACCGGAUCGGAAACUGAGAGCGUAAACUCCGAAACUUCUACGAUGGCUACGCACGACUUCAACGAAGAGGAGGUCAGUGAAGGUUCCCCCGGUGUAAGUAAAGAGCUAACACCCUCGCCGCUCAAAAAGACUGAUUUUACCACGGACCCAGAAGUGUUGCAGCCCACAGGUGAAUUUGAGACGCAUAUGAUCCAUGAGGCCUUAGGAACUACAACGGUGUCACAGAAGGCUGUGGACUCUCAGGGACUGGCAACCAGACAUGCGGCCGAAAAGCCAAAAGAAACUGGACCAACUAAAAACUCCUUAGAAGACGGACAACUGGAAAGGGAUCUGCCGAAUACCAGGAAACAAAAAGAGAAGCUUAUCAACAUGCAGCGCUUAGGAAGUGCUGGGCUACCUGAUGACAUGGCAACGCCAACAGAAACCGGGACGGAAACCGACACCGCGGAGGAGACACUUCUGUGGGAUGGCGGUGAUGAGAACCCAAGGAACAAGCGCUUAAGACUUGACACAGUGAACGACGAACCCAAUUCCAGAUCUCCUGCAAGUGAUACCAUGGAAAUGGAGAGAAAUCGUCUCAUCAACGAGUGCCUGACGCGUUCUGUUCAAGUGAGCUUAACCAGGCUGACACCACAGGACAUAGAAAAACUUCGGGGAGUUAGAGUUCGUGUUAAGCGAACCAACUUGGUAAAUUUCUAUCACGACCAGACGCGUCGCAGCCAAAGAAGGCUCGCAGCGAGUCUGAACAGCCAGAGUCGCUCCCACACCGAAGACAGCAAUGCAUCCUCAAACAGCUACGACGACCGUAAAUAUGGUAGACGCCGCUUCAAGAAGUUUGUGCACAUCACUUCGGACUCGCCAGCUCCUUCGGAAUCGUCCACUCCAUCGCCUCCAAUGAUAGUCAAGCCGGUCUUCAAGCACAUAACUUCCGAUUCCUCAACGGAUCUCGAGGAGGUGCCCCGGUCUAUUCCUGCGAUUAGAAGACGAGGACACGUUCGAGGACGGAGCGGGCCAAAGUGUAAGACGCAGCCAACUUUACGACGAACGCCGUCCUUUCAGCCGGAUGUGAUCGAGCUGUCCUCGGACUCCCUUUCCUCCAACUCACCAAUUCCAGCAGCUAACCACCCGAUGAUUCACUUCACUCAUGCCAUGGAAAUGGAUCCGCUUUACGAGGAGGCCAUCAUACCAUUUUAACACGCUGUUGACAAGUCGAGCCUGCUUUCGAGCCGGAGGCGAUGUUCUACGUGCCCGGAACGAAUGCCGGCGAAGGGAUGUUCGGAGGUUGCGCCGUGCAGAACGAUGGAAAAGCAGAGGGUGCAAGGAAGAUGGAGAAUAGCUGGGAAAAUCGAAUUUGCCUCGCUUGUUAGAAUGCAAUUAGCCUGGGGCACAUUCGGUAUUUGCUUUGGCUAGCAAAACGCCAAGAUUUUUAUGAAAUUAUUUACGUGUACAUCUGUUUGACCAAGUUUCCGGCUCCGGCUUUGUAUUUCGCUUUUUAUUUGGACUGUGUCGACGCCCGAAGGCCUUAAAAAAGAACUCUCAUCGAGUCCUGGCCGACACUCAAUGGGAAAAGCAAACGCAUCCGCUCUUCAAUUAACUGCCUAAUUGAUGUGCAUUGUGGUUCUAAAGAACCAAAUUAGCUACACGCGGCGGAGAGCUCCAUGACAAGUAUGACGACGGCGGCGACACGUGGCUGCUGGUGUGAAAUUUAGUGGCAAUAUAUAUAUACAUGUAUAUGAAUCACUAAGUGGUUUGAAGUGGAAAAGCCGGGCAAGGAUUAUGAUUAUUCUCAUGUAGGAGAAGUUCUUAGUAGUAUUUAGCUCUUAUAUAAGGACAUUGAUACAAAUUACCAUUAAUUUUGUUUAAUACUUUAAUAUAAAAUUAUGUGUAACUAGCAAGAACACGUAUUGUUUCUGAU